UGAGGUGAAUUUAGUUACAAUGGUUCAUAUCAAUCCACUGUGUCUUUCUUUAUCAUUUAUUGUGUGAUUUUCUCUUUUUAUAUUUAGGGGAAUAUAUAUCUGUAAUGGGUCCAGAAGAGAAAGCUGCUGUAAUAUUUAAUACCACAUUUUUUCAUCCUGAAAAAUUCUAUAUCAGUGGGUUUUCCAACAUCCCUCAUGUUAAGUAUUUCUAUGUGUUCCUGUGUUUUGUUUAUAUCAUGACUGUUCUUGGAAAUGGCUUCCUUAUCUCAGUUAUUUACCUGGUCAAGACUCUCCAUACUCCUAAAUACAUGAUUGUGUUUAACCUGGCUUUGACAGAUUUGUGUGGGAGCACAGCUCUCAUCCCAAAACUCUUAAAUACAUUUCUGUUUGACAUGAGAUACAUUGUCUAUGAGGCUUGCUUAAGUUAUAUGUUCUUUGUUUUAUUCUUUACAAGUAUGCAGUCAUGGACACUAGUCACAAUGUCAUAUGACAGAUUUAUAGCCAUUUGCUUCCCUUUAAGGUACCAUAGUAUUGUGACUAAACCAGCUAUUGCUGCAAUGUUGCUUUCUGCAUUGGCUGUUUUACUGAGUGCAAUAGCAUGCAUGAUAAGGCUUGUUGAUCGCCUCUCCUUCUGUAGCUCUUUGGUGGUAAAGAGCUUUUACUGUGAUCAUGGCCCAGUAGUUCGUCUUGCCUGUAAUGACAUAUCUUUAAAUUACAUAAUGGGAUAUGUUGCUUUUAUUUUAAUCCUCUGUAUUCCUCUUGUAUUGAUAGCAUUUACGUAUGUUUGCAUUUCCAUAGCACUGAGCAGGAUUGCAUCAGGAGAGGAACGACUUAAAGCUAUGAAAACUUGUACUUGUCACUUGAUUCUUGUGGCUGUUUUCUUCCUACCAAUUGUGGGAACCAACAUAGCAACAGUGUCCUCCCAAAUCCACCCUAAUGCCAGGAUCAUAAACUCUACUUUGACACACACCAUACCAGCUUUACUCAAUCCUAUUAUCUACUCUUUAAAGACAGAAGAAGUUCUGAACUCUAUCAGGAAGCUUUGUAAAAGAAAUAGGAUUAGCAACAAAAAGUUGUCCAAAAAGGUGAACUCUUUAUCACAGCUGUAUUGACACAGUGUUACAUAAGAACAACUGUGUUUUGGAACUUGAAAUUAUAUUUGUGUUUUACUAAUACUUACUAAAGUUGAACUAAAAAUGACUAUGAUAUAGUAGAUUAUUUACUGUAUUUUACUAAAUAAGAAGACCAAAGGAAAUGUUUCAUUCUUUUGUGUUAGGCAAGCAAUGAUAUUCCAUCAAAAUUAAAUUAGGGAUUUUCAUAAGUAGUGAAUUGGUGUUCAGACUGUAUACCGCUUGAGAUAACAAUUAUUAAUUAAUAUUGCAAUUAAUCUAUACUAUCUGUCAUUGCAACAGCUGCACAUGUAUAUGCUCCAUAUAACUUGAUACAUUUUGUUUUGAUCUGUUUUUUUUCUUUUGAUGUCAUUGGAUGCUAAUUUUUGGUCUCUGUGAAAUGGGACUGACCAAACAACGAGAAAUCAGUGACUGUUGUGCUCACAUCUUUCCAGAGACCUACUCCAUCAACACCCUGGAUCAAGCACUCAAUGGGUGGACUGAGCCGACAGAGCACAGGACGAGAGAAUGGAAACGCUGUGUUUACAUCAACAAUGCUUGGUAUACGUAUAUGUAUAUAUGUAUAUAUGUAAAAAUUGUUUUAUCUUAUUUUAAUUAUAAUUUUCCAUGUGUAUGAAAGAACUGCAAACUUUCAUUUCAUUCUAUAACCUUGUGUUAUGUUAUUCUAAGUAAAUUUCCUUGAUUCCUU